AUGCAAUUGCUGGUUAUCGGCUGCACUUUCCUCACGCUGUCACAGCGUGAGGAAAGUAUUGCCGAGAAACGGUAGUUGUCAGAGGAUGUAUCGGCACCGAUCAUCAGGGCACUGAUGAUCAGUGUCCUGAUGAUCGGUGCUCAGUAGUGCCACCCACCAGUGCCACCCACAUGUGCCCAUCAGUGCCACCCACCUGUGCCCAUCACUCCGCCCACCCGUGCCCAGCAGUGCACCCACCUGUGCCCAGAAGUGCACCCACCUGUGCCACUCUGCAGUGCCACCUACCUGUGCCCAGAAGUGCCACCCACCUGUGCCACCCACCUGUGCCACCCACCUGUGCCCGC